UCACCUCCCAAGACACCACACGCGUACUGUUGCGUUUUACACCGGAGAGGACCUCAAGCAUGGGAGCCAUCAUGGGCGCGGAUUUUCGGGUUUUUAGAAGUUUGAUCCCGCAGCCAUGAAUCUCAACUUUAGAAAGGGAAGACGCUUUCGCUCUGUCAACAUGUGGCACCCGUACCCGAAAUAUUAGGCACCUUAAGGAGCAUUGAGUCCAGAACACUUCUUCUCCCCAGUGAUGGAAUGAAGACGAAACCUAUAAUGGAUGAUAAGUCCAGCAAGCUGAUCUUGGUUCCUAUUCUCGCUGUGCUUUUUGUUACGAUAGGCUACCAGUACAUAUGUCCCGCAGGAAGCAAUUCGUGCCCCCUGAAAAACGGAGACACGCUGCGGGGAGUGAGCCUUCUCGCUACUCGCUACCAGGACGGAGAUGAUUUCGACCGGGACCAGGACCAGGACCUGGAGGACGACGCGCCUUCGAAGGUGCCGUCAAAAUUCAACUUCACCGAAAGAGACUUGAACAGACACGUUGAGUUCAACAUUAAAGGGGACGACGUGAUCGUGUUCCUGCACAUCCAGAAGACUGGAGGGACCACCUUCGGCAGGCACCUGGUGAGGAAUAUCCGCUUGGAGCAGCCGUGCGACUGCAAGCCCGGCCAGAAGAAGUGCACUUGUCACCGGCCGGGGAAAGAGGAGUCGUGGCUCUUCUCUCGCUUCUCUACCGGAUGGAGCUGCGGGCUGCAUGCGGACUGGACGGAACUGACCAACUGCGUCCCUGUCAUCAUGGAUAAGAAGGAAGUCCAGAGGAAUAAAAGGAACUUCUACUACAUCACCAUGCUUCGCGACCCGGUGUCCCGCUACCUGAGCGAGUGGAAGCACGUCCAGCGAGGCGCCACCUGGAAAACCGCCUUACACAUGUGCGACGGACGCUCGCCCACGCAAGACGAGCUACCCACCUGCUACAACGGAGAAGACUGGUCCGGCGUCACUCUCACGGAGUUCAUGAAUUGCCCGUCCAAUCUGGCGAACAACCGUCAGGUGCGAAUGCUCUCCGACCUGAGCCUGGUGGGCUGCUACAACCUGUCGUCCAUGAACGAGACCCAGCGCAACCACAUCCUUCUCAGCAGCGCCAUGAGCAACCUGAAGAACAUGGCGUUCUACGGUCUAACCGAGUUCCAGCGUAAAACCCAGUACCUGUUUGAGCGGACGUUCAGCCUGCGCUUCAUCUCGCCCUUCACGCAGAUCAACAGCACGCGAGCUGCCAACGUGGACCUGAGCGAAACUGUUCGCAGACGCAUCGAGGACCUCAACUACCUGGACGUGCAGCUCUACGAAUACGCCAAGGAUCUGUUCCUGCAGCGUUUCCAGUUCAGCCGCCAGAAGGAGCACCAGGAGGUGCGCUUGAAGCGGCGCGAGGAGAGGCGCUGGAUGCGCGAGCAGCAAGCCAAACGUAGGGGAGGAGCUUAUAAAAGCGGGCGGGAGGAAUUGGAGAAGACGUCUGACAGUGACUUUCAAAGCACCACUGAGGACUACACGAGUCAAGUCGCUCGCUGGUGAUGCCGACCAGGAAGUGGUUCGGACUCAAAACAUCCCGUCGUUCCGUUCCGUCACCUGUUCCUCAAGCUUUUAGCGUCUUACUUUUCAAAAAGUGUGCAGCGGCUCUACCUCGAGCUGCUUUUUUGGUGUCUUAACAUCUUCUGAUGUUCUUCAUGGGUUCCUGUCAUGUCAUGGCUGCCUUGGUUAUUUCUACGCGAUGAUUGGACGGCUUUAAAAGAACAUCAAACAACAACCAGAAGCUGAUGAAUGUCAUCUUAAAAUAGCACAUGAUCCGUUUUUAAAAUGUACACGUAGAAGGUUGCAUGCCACAUGUUCACACUUAUACAGCUGUCAAUCAUUUAUUUCACGCCAACGUGCAUGAAUACUGACUCUUGUAGUGUUUUUAGUUGCAAUGCACUUUUUUACGUUCACACGUGCAAUACAUUACUAUAGAGGAAAAACAGUGGAACCUCUAAAGUCCAACGCCAUAGAAAU